GUUUUCAUAGCUGCAACAGCCUAGCAGCAGAUCCUGCAGGCACGAGCAGGCCAUAUAAGCAGGCCACGUACCCUCCCGGCUGCGGGCAUCUCAGCGGCCGUGCCAUUCUCCCCAGCCCAGCUGCAACUCCAGGUUCAGGUACGAAGUACAGAUCACACCCACCACCACUCUCAGGCAGGUGUCAGGCACAAGACACACUGCACACUGCACUAUGCCCAGUCCACACACCGCCAUCCCCUCGUGCGAGCCCGACGACGACGCCGCCCUCUCCUUUUCCGCUACGCCCAUAGCCUCCGGGCUUGAAGCGCCGCAGUACGUCCGUGCCGCCUCCAUCCCAGCAUCCAGCGUCCCCUCGCGGCUCCAGACCCAGGCCCAGCUCAGCUCGUCCCUCGUGUCUGCCGACUACGCCUCGUCCGUUGCCUCGUCUCCCGGCACGUCCAACGGCCCCGACCCGUCUGUUGAGAGCGAAAGAGGAGGAGACGACGCAGCCUCUGUGCGAACCUACGCCAGGAGCCAGUCACCGUUCCUCAUCUCCAAGAGGGUCGUUAUGAAUGGCGAUGCGGAUCUGCCUAAACGUUCAUCAUCCCCACUGAAACGACGAGCAUCCAGCAUGGAUCCUGAAACCACUGCAAACAAUAAUGGCGAUGCUGCCAACGGCAGUGCCGAGGACGUGGAGAUGACAUCGUCAUCCAUCCCCUCAGCGGAAUUGCCCCGCGCCAUGAGCGUCGACGUCGUUGAAGUCACAGAUACCAUGCCAUCAACCAACGGCACCGAUUCCCCUGCUCAGUCUGCUCCCCUCCCCUCUCUCCCCGAACAAGUCAAGAUAAUCGAGACGCUUCUCAAAGCUGCGGCAGACUCGUCGCCAAAGGAGGGCGAUAAAGCCUAUCUUGUAUCGCGUACAUGGGUGGAUAAGGCGUUAUCCCUACGUUCGGGGAAGACAGAUAUUACCGAUGCCUCAUUGGGCCCAAUCGACAACUCAGACAUUAUUGAGGAAGUCCUCCAAGAGCCGGGUCAUGAAGACUUUGUCCGCCUCAAACCCGGACUUGAUCAACAAUCAUUCGAGCUCUUUCCUGAAGACGCAUGGAAAUUGGUCAUGGACUGGUAUGGUCUCGAACAGGGACAAAUGCCCAUUGUCCGCACUGCUAUCAACAUUGCUGUCGAUGCGCACUCUGCCUCGGAUGUCAUGUUUGAGCUCCAUCCCCCAAUUUUCCGAGUGCAUCGCGUCUGGUCUGAACUCAGUCCGCUGCCCAUCGAGUCGUCUCUCAAAGCGGACAACCCACCUCCUCUUGCUAUAGCCAGAAGUCGCAAAUACCAUGCUCAAACUUUUAUUAAGGAUAUAAAGAAGCUUACUGGAGUCCCGAUGGAUCGCAAGAUUCGGCUCUGGGUGGUCAAUUCUGAACAGCUUGGCACAACCAAUGUCCAGCCUCAAGCUGCUCUGACAACACCGCCUGAUUCUCCCGGCCGCAACCAAGAUGCAAAUGGAGAUGAAAACUCGCCGUGGUCGCACUUACUCGUUGACGUAGCGACCUUUGGUACUUCCAAGGACGCCAGGCGGUUAGCAGCCCUCGAAGAUCAAACCAUAAAUCCCAACUACAAUGGAUCUGCCGCCAUUCAGCUUUUUGAGCUUGUGACAGACCAAGUCUUGAUCGUUGAUGAGCUAGUCGGCAAGGACGUCUGGGUGAGUAGGUGUACGAGCCAGAACCAGUCAAUGCUUGAUAAAGCAAUACCCACGCGAACCAACAACACUGCAUUGUCCAAGUCAUUUAGCAGCCGAAGCAGCCCUAGCUCUUCAGAUGGGCCUGCCACUCGUGGCAGGAUGCAGAAAAAGAAGAAUGGUCGGAGCUUGGGCGCCGUGGGUUUACAUAACCUCGGAAACACCUGCUACAUGAACUCGGCGCUGCAGUGCGUGCGUAGUGUGGAAGAGUUGACAAAGUACUUUCUUACUGAGGCGUACGCAAGUGAGCUCAACAAGUCCAACCCUCUUGGAUACAACGGGAAAGUAGCCACAGCGUAUAACGGGCUGCUGAGAGAGAUUUACGAUGAGGGCAGAGGAUCAGUAAGCCCUCGGGAUUUCAAGAACACCGUGGGCCGCUGCCGCACCACCUUUGCUGGCUGGGGUCAGCAAGACUCACAGGAAUUUCUCGGCUUCCUUCUCGACGCUCUUCAAGAAGACCUCAGUCGCAUCAAGAAGAAGCCUUACAUCGAAAAGCCAGACUCUACCGAUGAUAUGAUCAACAACCCCGAGGCAAUCAAGGAGAUGGCAGACAAAGUUUGGGACAUUACCAGAAAGCGAGAUGAUUCAAUCAUCGCCGACCUAUUCACGGGCAUGUACAAGUCAACUCUCAAGUGCCCCGAGUGCGGUAAAAUCAGCAUCACAUUCGACCCUUUCAACAACCUAACACUGCCCUUGCCUGUCGAGAAUAUGUGGUCAAAGACGGUCAAGUUCUUCCCUCUCAAUGACGUCCCUGUCCAAUUCGAGGUUGAGCUGCCCAAGCAUAGCUCCAUCGAGUCUCUCAAGCUAUUUUUGUCAAUUCGCACAGGUGUACCAGCAAACCGGCUCAUGGGUGCUGAAGAGUUUAAGGACCGCUUCUUCAAAAUCUAUGACAAUAGCGGCGACAUCUCUGAAGAGAUUGGAACAUCCGAUAUUGCAGCAUUCCACGAGUUGGAGGCUGUGCCUACCAACUGGCCUGCAAAGGGCAACCAAAAGAAGAUUCGUUCAACGCCGGAGCCGGACGGCACCCUGCCUGACGCUGCCGACGAGUGGAACAGCGACCUGAGAUAUGAGACGAUGGUGGUCCCAGUUUUCCACCGACGGCCAUACAUCACUGGCAAGGGGCCAGAGGGUACCUCUCCUCCACACUUCAUCACUCUGACGAGGGAAGAGGCGUCCAACUACGACGAUAUCAAGCGUAAAGUGUUGGAAAGAGUAUCAACCUUUUCCACCUGGUCAAAAUUUGCCCAGCAACAAGAGCCUGAAAGCCCAGAAACGACAGAGUCAGACAUGGUCAUCACUAAUGCUUCUGAUGCCGACUCAUCUGGAGACAGUAAAGUUGUUGCCAAAUCUGUUGAGGGGGAAGAGGAUAUGGUUGACGUAGCCAUGAAGGAUGCUCGCAGCAGUGCCAAUACCAUGCCCCCUCCCGAUCUCCCUCUGCCUCAUCAACCGCAGCUUCUCCGCCGUUUCAAUGCCCAACGUCCCAAGUUUAUCCAGCCUGGAGAGUUCCUUGACCCUGAGCUGCAAGGUCUCUUUGAGCUGAGCUACUUUGCCAGUCAAGCUGAUGGUCCGGUGCCCACUGGCUGGGGAAACGUCAUUGACAAUCACAAAACGCUCCCAAGACUUUCGGAUCGCAUCCCAGAGCCGCCGGCCAAGGAGGAGGAUGAGCCAAGCCCUGAAAGCUGGAAUAGCACGGCCUCUGGUAACGAGGACAGCAGUAACGAUGACGAGAGUCCACAACCAGAGUCCCCGCAGACACGUAUGGUAGAUGAAUCCAGCGAAGAUGAUGCUCCUCCCGAUGCCCGGGGCGGUAAGAAGUUCAAGAAUCACAAGAUGUACAACAAAAAGGGCAACAAGCGUCGCGACAAGCAGAUGCGUGGUGGCAAGCUAGCAAACCGUUCGUCGGCUGUCGAAUCUGAACCAACACCUCCUGCAGUUGCCGAUGGUGGCCCGUUGAUCCGAAUUCACGAGGGUCUCGUAGUGGACUGGAGUGAAGAGGCUUGGGAAACUGUGUUUGGUUACACUGGAAAGAAGCAGCACGCGGCACAGGGAUCCAAGACGUUUGCGGACUUGGAGACUAUCAACGACCCCGCGCUUAAGAUCAGCCAGAGAAAACGACAAACUCGCCGGUCCCGCGGUAUCACUUUGGAGGAGUGCCUCGAUGAGUUCGAGAGAGCCGAAGUCCUGUCAGAGCAAGACAUGUGGUAUUGCCCACGAUGCAAGGAGCACCGCAGAGCAAGCAAGAAGUUUGACUUGUGGAAAACACCAGACUAUCUGAUUGCACACCUCAAGCGCUUUAGCAGCUCAGGAUGGCGGCGAGACAAGCUGGACGUUCUAGUCGAUUUCCCUAUCGAAGGGUUGGAUCUCACCUCGAGAGUCAUUCAAAAAGAGGAUGGAAAAGAAGAGAUUUACGACUUGAUUGCUGUCGACGACCACUACGGAGGGCUGGGCGGAGGCCAUUACACCGCAUACGCGAAGAACUUUGUAGAUGGGCGCUGGUACAACUACAACGAUUCUUCCGUUUCAUCCGUUUCUGACCCUUCGUCGGUUGUGACGAGUGCAGCAUACCUACUCUUUUAUCGUCGCCGAACUCACGGUCAUCUAGGUGGCCCGCGGUUUGGACAGAUUUUUGAAAAGUACAACUCAGAAACGAGCGGAGACGACGGGAGUAAUUCCAGCGAGGAGGACAACUCUUUUCGUGGCUCGCCUUUAAAGGCCGGUGUUGCUCACACCACGAUCAAACCCCUUUCUGAUAGCCACGAUGGGGAAGUACCGCCCUAUGAAGAGGCUAUUCGUAGCAUCGAAGACGAAGGCUCAAACAGCUUUCAAUUCGCGGAAUCAACCCCCCUUGACUUGACAUCUGGUUGGACUUUCAACGGGAUAAAUGGCAGUGGAGCUGAAGGGUCUUCGGCUGCAGACUGUGCCAGCGAUGACGCACAACUCAAUUCAUCCGGCGACGAGCAUGGUAGCUCGGGAGGCUUCCCGGAAGCUGACACUCACAUGACAUCGGCCAGCUCUAUCAAGGGAGAUGUGAUAGGAGAAGCAUCGUCACCAGCGGGAGCCCACGAGGACGUCUUGACGGUACCUACCGGGGCUCCCAAUUCCGAUGACUCUGAUGAGGUCGCUGAGAUCCACUUGGAGGGCGAAAACACUGCCCGCGACGAGUAAAGUGAUGACAUGGUGAAAGCCUCGUCGAAGACAGCUUGAGCUACGGAUAUGAAUUCAACGACCAUGGCACGUACAUAUAUAUAGACACUUUGUGUGAUGAAUCACAGGUUGCAUGUCGCAUGACUUUGGGAAACUCACUAUGAGUUUGGAGGAGUAAAAGGGGAGGGAGUAAGGGACAUACACACAUGCAUUGAACGUGUAGAUAGAACUUAGAUGAUUAUCCCGUCUGAAACCAGGCAGGAAGGGACGGCAACUGGCCGCAUGAAUUGACGACUGCAUGUACAGAGUAUGCAUUAUGACGUCUCUGAGUGGAAGAUCAAUAGCACCAAGUGUAUAAUCAGAUACAUAUAUAAUGUAUGAUGUUUUC